ACUGAAGCUGGAGGAAGGAGAGAUGGAAGACAUGCCUAGGAGCUGGGGCUGGAGAAGGACAACUCCAAGGCCAGCCUUGCCCCUUGCUCUUCAGGAUCUGCCUUAGAGUCAGAGAUGGGUGAGGACGCCUGUUGUUUCUACCACAGCUGCAGCUGAUAACUAGAUUCAUGAAGGAAUCGCCUGACUUAGAGCCAGGGAAGGCAUUAUGUCCAGUGUCCUCUCCUCCCAGGGACCAAGGCCAUGGUGCAGGGGGCUACAUGCCUUUGUCUGGUUGCACAGAUAACCUUUUUCUUUUGAUCUUCCCACAAAUUCAAAAGAGUGUUAGGCCAGGCCCACUUCCUCCAAAAGGACCCCAGACUUUAGAGUUGAGAACGAGUAGGGAUCUCCCAGCUAUCCCAGUGUCUUUCAUCAGUUCAAGAUUCCCUAACGAAGGGUGAAGUGGGAAGGCAGGGCAUGAACACAGAUAUCUCUGAUCCAUCCAUCAGGUCUUCCCUGGUCCAUCGGGCAACCCCGAGAGAAAAGAAUGCUUUCUUGUCUUACAGGAGAGGAAGAUGAGGUGCAAAGAGAAAAGGGUCCCUGGAACAGCCCACAAGAGAGCUGCGCCUUCCGGACGAACCUGUGAUUUGGUCCUCCAGCCCCUAGAGAGCGCCGCGUCCACAGCGGCCUUGCGGCCCUUCGAGCCACCAGAAGGUGGCGCCCUUGGAAUCUGGGCGGCCUCGCGGUACCCAUCGUCGAGGCUGCGUUUCAGGAACACCCGGAAGGAGGAGGAACCUGCUCACGAGAUACAGGCUAUGGACCCAAGACCUUCAAGACCAGCAGCAGGGGCAACCCAAGGUGUAGGGCUACAGGGAGAUUUCUUGGCCAAGGAGCCUCAAUCGCUUCCAGAUCAAAGGGCUGAGGAUGGGCCAGGGGGCUACCAGAGGAGCAUAAUAGGAUCCCCCCCAACCCAGUCAGAGGAGCCAACCUUCUCUAAAUUGGAAAACCUCUUAUGUCCUGGGUCCUCUCACCUCAACCUGACACAGGGUGACAAUGACCAUCGAGGGGAAGGCUUGACAGGGGACCCAGGUCCAGGCAGAGCGCUGCCAGCUGGCUGUAGCCCUUUAUCAGAGACAUCACCAAAGCUACUGGAGGCAGACCCUAGUGGAUCCAGCUUCCCUAAGCCUGCUGACUGUCUCCUAGCUCGAGACCUCGCCUGGGAGCUACUGGCCAGUGGCAUGGCUGCCCUACCAGGGACACGGGAUGUCGAAGGCCGAGCGGUGCUGCUUCUGUGUGCCCACAGCCCAGCUUGGCUCCAUCCCAAGUCUAAUAGCCAUGAGCUGCUGAGCCUUUUGUUUUACCUGCGAGGCAUCCCCAGGCCUACAGUGCAGGCACUGGGCCUGACCGUACUAGUCGAUGCCCGAGUCUGCUCGCCGAGCUCUUCCCUCACCUGGGGCCUCAGCCGGCUACAGGAAGCAUCCCCGGGGUCUGUACAACAAGUGCUGCUCAUUGGAAAGAUGCCAGAGGACGUGCCUGUCGGGCUUCAGUGGAAGCAGCUGCGUUCUCAGCAGAGCCUGCUGACCCACAUUCCUAACGUGGAGUUGCCUACUUCUCUAGGAGGGAGCCUGUCUUACUGCCACCAAGGCUGGCUGGAUUUCCGGAUGCGUCUGGAAGCCCUGCAGCAGAGUUGCCAAAUGGCUUGGGCCCUGCUUCAGGGUGUCAUUGACAGUAUGACGGCACUGCGGCCACCCAUGGAAUCUGGAGAAGUCGGUCAGCUGCUACAGCAGACACAGUCCCUCAUGCAGCAGGUAUUAGAUUCACCACAGUUGUCAUGGUUACAAAGCCAGGGAAGCCAGGAGCUGGCAUGGUUGAAGCAAGGGACGCCCCAGGUGACCCUGAGCCCUGAUUACAGAUCUGCAGUAGACAAGGCUGAUGAGCUCUACGGUCAGGUGGAUGAACUGUUGCAUCAGCUAGCCCUGAAGAGCAACCAGCGAAUCCGGGCCCUCGAGCUCCUGCAAGCACUGGAAGCCCAGGAGGGUGUGCUGCGCCAGAUUGAAGUGUGGUUACAGAAGGUGGGCUGGCCAGGAGUGGAGGAACCAGGGGAGCCCUCGCUCGACAUGCUGCUCCAGGCUCAAGGCCCUUUUCAAGAGCUGGACCUGGUUGCCCAGGAACAGGUCACGCAAGGGGAGAAGUUACUGCGGCCCCUGGUUGGCUGGGAAGCUGCUGAACUGGGGUCCCCUGGAAAGCGCUUUCUGGCCCUGAGAUCCCAGCUGACGGAAUUUUCCAGAGCUUUGGCCCAGCGGCGCCAGCGGUUGGCAGAUGCUGAGAAGCUCUUUCAGUUCUUCAAGCAGGCCUCCACGUGGACCGAGGAGGGGCAGCGGCUACUGACAGAGCUGGAGCAGGAGCGCCCAGAGGUUGUGCUGCAGCGGCUACAGCUGCACUGGACCAGACACCCUGACUUGCCCCCUGCCCACUUCCGAAAAAUGUGGGCUCUGGCCACAGGCCUGGGCUCUGAAAGCAUCCGCCAGGAAUGUCGCUGUGCUUGGGCACAGUGCCAGGACACCUGGCUGGCUCUGGACCAAAAGCGUGAGGCUGCACUGAAGCCGAUGCCAGCAACGAACAGCACUGCUACUUUGUAUGUCAGGCGGGCUCCUGCUGUACCCACUGUCCCUCCACUGCGGAAGGCCUACAGCUUCGACCGGAAUCUGGGGAGGCAUCUCCAAGAUGUUUCCAGUCGUGGCCACUGUGCAGCCAUUGUUACUGACUGCCACAGACCAAAGGAGGCCAAAGGAGGUGUCCGGCCCAGGUCGUCUCCUCCUGUGCCUCUCUCAGGCAGCUCUGACUUCAGGAGCCCCAACAGGCUACAGCUAGUAUUGGCGGAGAUGGUGGCCACAGAGCGUGAGUAUGUCCGGGCCCUUGACUAUACCAUACAGAACUACUUCCCUGAGUUAGAUCGACCUGAUGUGCCCCAGGGCCUCCGUGGCCAGCGUGCGCACCUCUUUGGCAACCUUGAAAAGCUUCGGGACUUCCACUACAAUUUCUUCCUGCGUGAGCUAGAGGCUUGCACCCGGCACCCACCUCGAGUGGCUCAUGCCUUCCUGCGCCAUAGGGUGCAGUUUGGAAUGUAUGCCCUCUACAGCAAGAACAAACCUCGUUCCGAUGCUCUGAUGAGCAACUAUGGUCACACCUUCUUUAAGGAGAAGCAGCAAGCACUGGGGGACCACCUGGACUUGGCUUCCUACCUACUGAAGCCCAUCCAGCACAUGAGCAAGUAUGCCUUACUGCUGCAGGAGCUGGCAAGGGCCUGUGGGGGCCCAGCGCAAGAGCUGGGUGCCCUCCAGGCAGCCCAGAGCCUUGUGCACUUCCAGCUGAGACACGGCAAUGACCUGCUAGCCAUGGAUGCCAUCCAGGGCUGUGACGUAAACCUCAAGGAACAGGGCCAGUUGGUACGGCAGGAUGAGUUCACAGUGCGGGCUGGGCGCCACAAAGCCUGUCGUCGCGUUUUCCUGUUUGAGGAGCUGCUGCUCUUCAGCAAGCCCCGCCGUGGGCCUGCAGGGGUUGACAUAUUCACCUACAAGCGCUCCUUCAAAAUGGCAGACCUUGGCCUCACUGAGUGCUGUGGGGAAAGCCAACUGCGCUUUGAAAUCUGGUUCCGACGACGCAAGGCCAAGGACCUGUUUGUGCUACAGGCCUCCGAUGUGGCCACCAAACAAGCCUGGACAGCCGAUAUCUCCCGUCUCCUGUGGAGACAGGCUGUCUAUAACAAGGAGGUGCGCAUGGCUGAGAUGGCAUCCAUGGGUGUGGGGAGCAAAGCCUUCUGGGACAUUGCCCCCAGUGAGGAAGCUAUCAAUGACCGCAACAUCAACUACGUGCUGAAGAGACGAGAUGUUCGCUCUAGGGCCUCCAUUGCUGUGGCCCCAUAUGACUGUGACAACCCUUAUCUGGGUGCCUUGGGUUCCCUUCCUGGAGACCGUGCCUCUGGCUCUGUUCUGGGCUCUCUUAAUCUACACCUGUACAGAGAUCCAGCUCUUAUGGGUGUUCACUGGUCCUUGUAUCCACCCAACUUCCCAGAGGAAGCAUCACUAGAUGCUGAGGCGGACUUGGGCAGCCAGCCUUCUUUGACUCCCGAGGACUCAGAGGUCUCAUCCCAGUGCCCAUCAGCCAGUGGCUCUAGUGAUUCUGACAGCAGCUGUGUGUCAGGGCAGACCAUGGGCAGAGGCCUUAAGGAUUUGUCCUGUGUUUGAGUCCAGCCUGAAGAUGAACAGCACUCAGUAACUCCAAGGAAUACCAGGCCUUUGAAUCUGCUAUAAUCAGAGCACCCUCAUACCCAAUAGGAAUAUCCUUGUUGAUUACCCUUUCUGAUGUCUGUAGCCAUCAACCGACGGCCCUAGGGCCUCUCCAAGGGCAUCUGGCUGCAGAGACUAGUUACGUACCUUGAUCUGAAGCUCCCGGGACCCUUCUGUCCCCUCUCCAACUACCUCCCUGAUUGUGAGUUAAGGGCAUGAUGGGGCAGAGGGGAGUAUUUCUAGACUCCAGGCUGGUAGAGUAGUGUGGAGCUCUCGGAAGUCAUGAAGGACACAAGUGGAUUUCCAGCGGCUGCUCCUCAACCCUUGAAUAAUGCUAAUCUCUCCAAACACAGGGGCUAGCCUGCCCCUAUAGCCCCCUUAUUCUUGAAUUCCUUGGCAACCCAUCGCCAACCUUUUGUUUUCGGGGCCCCCUUGGUCAUUUUGACUUGAUGCUUUUGGUUAGAGUUGUCUACUGGUUUCACUGGCAGUGACACUCUGUUUUCUCAGAGAAGGAAUCUAGGCAUUUGUCUUGUUAUUUACUUUUUUAUUUGUUUAUAAUAAAAAAAUAAGUGAUUUGCACCGUU